AUGCCUGAAAACUAUUUAAUAAUGUCCAAAUCCACUUGGCAAUCCCUUAAUCGCCUAGCCACUGCUACUCUGAUUCCCAGAAGAGGCAGAUCAACUUCUAACCCUACCAGCUCACUGGCCAUUCUCUGGAAGCAGCCAUUCUCAUCUGGCCGUUGUGUCAAAUGCCCAUCCGGUGAAAUAUCCUCACUGCUUGAGCAGAGGAUACGUGGGCUCAAAGGGUCACCUAACCUUGCCGAGUCUGGCCAUGUCUUGUCUGUCUGUGAUGGAAUUGUUCGCGCGCGUGGUUUGACGAACGUUCAAGCUGAAGAACUUGUUGAAUUUGAAUCUGGAGUAAAGGGGAUGUGUAUGAACCUGGAGUCCAAUCAUGUUGGUAUUGUGCUUUUUGGUUCCGAUCGUCUUGUUAAACAGAGUGAGCCUGUCUGGCGGACUGGCGAAAUUGUGGAUGUUCCUGUUGGUCCUAAGAUGUUAGGACGUGUGGUUGAUGCACUGGGUAACCCUAUUGACGGCAAGGGACCCAUCGAGACUACCGAAAGAAGUCGUGCCCAAAUCAAGGCUCCUGGUAUUUUGCCUCGCCGUUCCGUCAACCAACCUGUCCAAACUGGCCUAAAGGCUAUCGAUGCCAUGGUGCCUAUUGGCAGAGGCCAACGUGAACUGAUCAUUGGCGAUCGACAGACUGGAAAGACUGCUAUCGCCCUGGACACAAUUUUGAAUCAAAAAAUAUGGAACAAGUCGGAUGACGAAUCAAAGAAGUUGUACUGUGUUUACGUGGCCGUUGGACAGAAGCGGUCCACAGUAGCUCAGUUAGUCAAGACCCUGGAAGAGAACGAUGCUAUGAAAUAUUCCAUUGUCGUGGCUGCUACGGCAUCUGAAGCUGCUCCUCUGCAAUACAUUGCUCCUUUUGCCGGUUGUGCAAUGGGGGAGUGGUUCCGAGACCAUGGUCGGCACGCCAUUAUUAUCUAUGAUGAUCUGUCAAAGCAUGCAGUUGCCUAUCGUCAGAUGUCGCUGUUACUUCGUCGCCCCCCUGGACGUGAAGCUUACCCCGGGGAUGUUUUUUACCUCCAUUCUCGCCUCUUAGAACGUGCAGCAAAGCUGAAUGAUAAACAUGGUGGCGGCUCACUCACUGCUCUUCCUAUUAUCGAGACACAGGGCGGCGAUGUGUCGGCUUAUAUUCCCACGAACGUUAUUUCUAUUACGGAUGGUCAGAUAUAUCUAGAAUCUGAACUUUUCAACAGAGGCAUCCGCCCUGCGAUUAACGUUGGACUGUCCGUUUCUCGGGUUGGCUCUGCGGCUCAGGUUAGAGCUAUGAAACAGGUCGCUGGCUCACUCAAGCUCUAUUUAGCGCAGUACCGCGAGAUCGCUGCGUUUUCUCAAUUCGGAUCAGAUCUUGAUGCUGCCACGAAGCAAACUCUCAGACGGGGUGAGCAUCUGACAGAGCUCUUAAAGCAAAAGCAGUACGCUCCAAUGGCUGUGAAUGAGAUGGUGCCCUUGCUAUAUGCUGGAAUCAAUGGUCUUAUCGACAGAAUACCAAUUGGCCAAAUCCAAAGCUGGGAAGCUGACGUCCUCGCCCAUUUCAAAAGCUAUGAACCUGAGGUGCUCGCCCAAAUCGAAAAGGAUGGCAAACUAAGCCAUGACCUAGAAGCUCGAAUCAAGGAAAUAAUUAUAGCAUUCAAUGCAGCCUUCCUAUGAGCUACGGGGAGCCCACAAUCAGCUGUUCUAUUGCGUACUUAUUGUACUUUCUCUCUCCUAUUGUAUUAUUCGCACAAGCUUUGACUGAUUACGCCAUUAAUAUGACAAUCCACACUAUAACCUGGUCCCUCUUUGCCCACUAGCUGGGCAACGGAUGUCCAGAUUUAGUAUGCUAUCCUGGGAA